AUGGCGACGCGCUUCGCCAAGGCGGUCGCCGCUCGAGUUGGCUCCGCCGCCGUGCUCGGAGGCGGCGUGCGGGCUGCGCGCGGCGCCAUCACUGCCGUCGGGAAGCGGCUCCCCGAGCUCGUGCCGCCGCUCGAGUUUCCGAGCCGAAUCGAACCGAUCGCAGCGGGCAGCUCGAGCAUCGACAACGACGUCUACGACGACGAUACAGUCGGCUCGAGCUGGCACUCGGACGACCCGACCGACCAGCUCGCCACCCUGCAGCUCCUCAACACGGCGCGCAUCCCCUACUUUGACCGCGUCUGGCGACAGCAGCUCGGGCUGCCGCCUGGGCGGCCUGGCGCCUACCUCGAGGUCGGGUGUGGCGGCGGCAUCGCAACUGUCGCGCUCGCUUCGCUCGGCUACCAGAUGACCGGGAUCGACCCGGCCGCGCGCGCGCUCGACGAGGCUCGCGCCCACGCGCGCGCGCGAGGGCUCGCCGACCGAACCGUGUUUGCGGCGGGCGACGCCUACGACCUGUCGGCCUUCCCGGACGACUCCUUCGACGGCGUGCUGAUGGCGGACGUGAUGGAGCACCUGCUCGAUUUGCCGGCCGCGGUGGCCGAGGUGCGGCGUGUGCUCAAGCCGGGCGGCGUCCUGGUCUUUGACACGAUCAACCGGACGUACAAGUCGUACCUCGCGGCGAUCGUGCUGGCGGAGGAGGUGCUGCAGCUCGUGCCGCCGCGGGCGAACGGCUUCCUCGUCGACACGGCGCAGUUCCGAGGCAUGGCGCCCACCGUCGAGCUCGACCCGCGCAAGCUGCUCCGCUCCGCCGCGCGGGCCCUCCCGAGCGGCAAGCUGCCCCCCCCGCCGCUCUCGCACUUCGUCGAGGUCUCCUCGCUCGAUGUCAACUACCUCGGCUGGGCGCAGCUCGCGCCCCUCUCGAGCGGCGGUGCGGCGGGGCCGACACUGCAGAGCGACAUGCAGCGCUUCCGCCGGAGCGCGACGACGUGA